CCACCGUUUUUCAGCCGUUACUUCCUCAUCUCCUAUUGAUUAAAUUUGAUUUUUUAAAUGCCGAUUGUACACACUGCCAAACUCGAGAACAAUUGGUGCAGUGGAUUUAGUAAUUUCAGAUAGUAUGACAGGAUUGUUUUGACAGGACACCGUGAAGGGUUGUAUAAAUCUGAGAAAGGACGCAGCGGCUCAGUCAAGCUAAACAAGAUGGCAAGCUGAAUAGUCGGCCAAUACUUGAAUGCUAGCAAAGCCCUCCUGGAGUAUGGUUUUCCAGAUAACACUGGCAGAUUACAUCUAUGCUAAGCCCUAAUUUGCUCAAGAAAUACAUGCUUAGAAAUCUUCUAAGGUUUGAAAAGAGCAGUUUGUUUCUUGUCACUUGAUGUCCCAGAAAUAAUAUUGUUGAGGUACCUGCUGAGACAAAGAUUUGAACUGAAUUUAUAUUUAGAUAAUUAUUGAAGUCUCAAGAAGGAAGGACAAUCUUAAGUUUUGAGUGGUCCCAGCUGAGAGGAUUCACUUCAUCUAGACACUGUUUGAGGUCCAUUGUUUGAACAGAAGAAUUAAGCUAAGUAAACAUGAGCACCGUCAGGACAGAGAACCCAAUGAUUUUGGGCUUGUCCAACCAGAAUGGGCAGCUCAGAGGCUCAGUGAAGCCAGCUGGAGCACCUGGUGGAGGUGGAGGAGGCCCUCAACAACAGCAACUAAACCAGAUGAAAGGCACAAUCAACAAUGGUAAUUCCCAGCCUGCCCCCACAACUAAUGCGGUCAUCAAACCCGGAGAUGACUGGAAGAAAAAUUUGAAAUUGCCCCCAAAAGACAUGAGGAUGAAAACUUCGGAUGUGACUGCAACUAAAGGCAAUGAGUUUGAAGAUUAUUGCCUAAAGAGAGAGCUGCUCAUGGGAAUCUUCGAGAUGGGCUGGGAAAAACCAUCUCCAAUCCAGGAGGAAAGUAUUCCCAUUGCACUGUCGGGAAGGGAUAUCUUGGCCAGAGCCAAGAAUGGCACGGGGAAGAGUGGAGCCUACCUCAUUCCCUUACUUGAACGCAUUGACCUGAAGAAGGACUGCAUACAAGCUGUGGUCAUAGUGCCCACCAGAGAACUGGCUCUGCAAGUAAGCCAAAUAUGUAUCCAGGUCAGCAAACACAUGGGUGGGGUGAAGGUGAUGGCAACCACAGGUGGAACCAACCUACGUGAUGACAUCAUGAGACUCGAUGAAACAGUACAUGUGAUAAUUGCUACUCCUGGGAGGAUUUUAGACCUUAUCAAGAAAGGAGUGGCCAAAGUCAGUCAAGUGCAGAUGAUCGUUCUGGAUGAAGCUGACAAACUCCUGUCUCAGGACUUUGUGGUUAUGAUGGAGGAGAUGCUGGGCUUCCUGCACAAACAGAGGCAGAUUUUGCUUUACUCUGCAACCUUCCCUCUCAGCGUGCAGAAGUUUAUGAAUUCGCACUUGCAGAAGCCCUAUGAGAUCAACCUAAUGGAGGAGCUUACACUGAAGGGUGUGACUCAGUAUUAUGCUUAUGUAACUGAAAGGCAAAAGGUCCAUUGCCUUAACACCUUGUUCUCCAGGCUCCAGAUCAACCAGUCUAUAAUCUUCUGCAACUCCUCUCAGAGAGUGGAGCUCCUUGCCAAGAAGAUCUCCCAGCUUGGUUAUUCAUGUUUCUACAUUCAUGCCAAGAUGAGACAGGAGCAUCGCAACCGCGUGUUCCACGACUUCAGAAACGGCCUCUGCCGGAAUCUCGUCUGCACUGACCUCUUCACGAGGGGAAUUGACAUUCAAGCUGUGAAUGUUGUGAUCAAUUUUGACUUUCCUAAACUGGGAGAGACGUACCUUCAUCGCAUUGGUAGAUCUGGUCGCUUUGGACACUUGGGUCUCGCCAUCAACCUGAUCACUUACGAUGAUCGCUUCAACCUGAAAGGGAUCGAGGAGCAGCUUGGAACAGAGAUCAAGCCCAUCCCUGGCAUCAUUGACAAGAGCCUAUAUGUGGCAGAGUACCACAGUGAGAGUGGCGAAGAAGUCAAGCCAUGAGCCAAUCAGUCCAUCCUCCAUUCCCCUUUGUACCUUUUUUCAUCCCCCUCCCCCUGACAUGGAGUUUUGCUUUUUUUUUUUUUUUUUUUUUUUUUUUUUUUUUUUUUUAAAUGUACAGUUUCUGUCCGUCUUCCUUUUUUGGAUGCCACCAUAAGGAAUGUGUAUUUUGAUGGAUGCGUUUUGGAAGAACUCAUUUGCCUUUUCAUAGGGCUCUAUGCUGCACCACCACACCCUGAAGACAUAAGCACCCGGAGGAAAGUAUGGGACCAAGUCGAAAAUAUAUCAAUGCACAUUGUGAUUAUUCAUAUCCACCAAUGACACAAAGCCAGCACCAACAGACCCCUAUAUGACACCCUCCAUUCUUCACCUUUUUAUUUUGGAAGUUUUAACCAAUUUGUAUCAAGUGCCUUAACAAGCAGUUCAACUUGUUCUAAAGUAAUAACCCUUCAUUAUUUGUCAUCUUGCUCACUUCAUACCACACACUCAUAUUCACCUAUUGGAAAAUUUGUUCCGCUAAUUUAAUGUCCGACCACAUGGGUGAAUUCAUAACUGUUUUUGGUUGGGUCAUCCGUUGGCAAAGAAUGGCGGCGGUCAGGAGGGAGGCUGGUCUGAAUUAUCUUUUCGCUGGCUUAGCUGCACUUGAGUCUGGCUGAUAUGUGAGGACUAACUUGGAUUUUCCAUGGACAGAGAUGCUGGAUUUUUUCCAAGAGACAGCCAGACUGUCCAGUUGCUUGUGAAGAAGCUUCGUGCUUCUAAAAGACCCAAACCCUUUCCUCUGUCUUCAGCAUCAGAACACUAAAAAUGAAUAAGCACUCUGCAGCCUCUCAACAACCUGAGUCAUGAGGAUUCCUGUUUUGGUGGAGUUUAGAGGGAAUGCUUUUCUUUUUUUUUUUUUUUUUUCUUUUUUUGUCCUGUUUCUCACCUUCCUAUGGAUGGCCAUACUUAACUCUGCGAGACGUGCAGCCGACGUGUAGGGUGCAGUGUACACCUUGUGUAUAUACCUUCAUUUUAAGAUUGUUUUAAACAAGUUCAUAAGGCUGGCUGACAAACAGAAAAAGCUUUUUUCCCCCCCUUCUCUCUUGUUAGCACUGGAGACUGUUUCCUUAACUGUCAGUUUGUUUGAUCUGCAAUAUUGGCCUGUGAAUUUAUUUAUAAUUUUAGAAAUUGCAGAAUUUAUUAGAACCUAAAACAGUCAAUGACCUUGUGCAUGAAAUGUUUUUUGGAGGCCAAGUUCAUCACUGAUAAUGUUUAAGCCCCUCCAAAUUUGAUGGCGAGUGCAAUUUUUCAAAGCUGCACUUAAACAGAGAUUGUUUAAAUUGUUGCCCUUAUUCUCCUGCUACCAGUGUUAACAAGUGUUCAGUCUAGACAGAUGGCUUUGUUAAGCUUGUGCAUUUUUAGUAAUGAAUUCUUUGUUGUUGUCACCAGCCUUAACUUGUGAAACUGACACUUGAGACACACUCUCAGAUCUCCAGUCAGAGUGUUUCUGUUGGAAGAGAAAAUUAUAUUCUAUCAUGUAGUAGUACUACUUGCUGCAGUGCAGCUGAAUUGGCAGAGAAUUUGUUUUCUGGGGGAGGUGUUAGCUGUUACGUUUAUGUGCUUUUUUUAAGCACAGUUUCAUUACUUCACAAAUGUUUGGGAGGAAGCAGUGGGUUUUCUUUCCCCUUUUGAAGAAUGUUGGCCGAAUGCAUCAAAAAUGAACCAUCUGACCUAAAAUGUAGCAGGAACUCAAUCUCUGUGCAUUGCAAGUUAGCUGGCUUUACUGAGACCAGCCAAGAAAAGAUGCUGCACUCAAAACAACUUGAGCAGGCUGGGCUGCACUUAAAGUACAGAGAGAUGGAUUCAGGCAAUAACACUGACUGCACUGCUUUUUGUACACUCAUGAUGCCCAAAUGGGGAAGACGUGCAUGAUGGUGUAAAACAUUUAAAAAAAAAAUGGCAAGGAAGGGGAACAGGUGUGAAGGAUUACAAAAUUACUAUUACAUGGACUGCUUGUUUAAAAAAAAAUAACUUGGGCACCUCACACUGCUGAGUUUGGCUUAUUUCUCUGCCCUUUAAUUGCUUUGAUAUUUUGGGUUUGGGUUACAGUUGCAGUUUUUUAUGCAGCAUGAUUACAACCUUUAUUUUGCAUUAAGGUUCUCUGACCAUUUGUUUGUUCAGCCAGAACCUUUUUGCAAGUGAGGUUCCCUUAAUUAUGGUGAGAUGCUCUUUUGACUGUUCUAAUCAAUGAGAAGUAUUAUUGCACAUUUAAUUUGAGCUCUUUUUAAAAGAUAACCAUGUGACAAUGUUGAUUAGUUCAUAUUCACCCUCGACUUUCUCAUUGGUUAGGACUGUGAUCCCUGUUCUAUCAGUUCUGUCGUCCCCCAAGUCGUUUUCACAUCAAAUUUGGCUGUUUUGGCUUUUUUAGGGUGGGAGGGUUGUAUUUGUUUAAAAAAAUAUCCAAAUUAAAUGAUACAUUAGCUGAUUGAACAGGGAUCUAAUCGUACAGAUAUUUGGCAGCGGUCUGUUUCUUGUCAGCCCACUGGCAGUAAUCGCCAGAGCAAAUGUUUCAAGUCUAAAAUCGACGAUCCUUCGAGAUUUAGUGUGUUGCUUCCUUUGAUUGGAUGCGGUUUCACUGCCAGUGGCUGUCAUUUUGAGAACCUUAAAGUCUGAGACAAGAGCAUCUUGCCCCAGAUUGGGCGACUAAUUGGAUAGUUUAUAUGACUAAAUUGUCUCAUUCUUUAAGGUCUUUUUUAAAUUUGUAGGGGGGGGUUUAAAUUAGUGCAUUUGCUGCCCUGAUGCACAUGUUAAUCAUCUCUUGAUAGUUGUUACUCAUUGAAGAUAACACAGCUUUUGUGUACAAUUCGGCCUGUCCCAUCACUUACUGUCGAGGAGGAUGUGAGAAGAGCCCUUCAGGGAAUUCUCUCAAAACUUGUGCAUCAGUAAAACAACAUGGGGAGGAGCCUUUGGGCAUCACAAAAACAGGAUUACAAAAUCCAAAGUUAAUGGAAAUGGGUAUAAAUGGUUUGAAAAAGUUGCCCUUAGAUUUGGAUUUUCUUUUUUUCCAAUGAAAUGUUCAAGAGGAGUACAUCUUAUUUUAAAGUCUCCAAAUUUAAGUGAAGCCUGAGUUCCUUUUUUUUUUUUUUUAUUUGAUGGAAAUUUGGUCGUUAUUUAAUUGGCAGAUUUUUCAGUGAAGCUCAUUUUACAGUGGCAUUAAGUUUGAAGGAUGUCAUGAAUAAUAUGAAAGUUUUGUUGAAAAUAAAGCUCACUGAAAUUUA